AUUAUGAAGGACAUCAAAUUUCUGAAUCAAGAGAAUUUCCCUUCAGAAUAAGCAUAUAUGCUAACCUAUUCUCUGAAGCUCAGGAUACCUUUACUAAUCUUUAUGCAAAAGGUUUAAUCAUCUUAAACAACUGCUUAGAAAAAGCAGAAAAAAGAAGGAUUAAAAAGCUCACUAAAAAUAAACAAAGAAUACAGGAAAUACUAGGAGAA